GGGAAAGGGAGAGGGGGGAGAAAGGAAGAGGGGAGGAUGAAUAUGGGAGAAAACGCUGAGGAAAGGAGCGGCUUUCAGAACGAGGAGGAGCGAGUUGGGGGCGGGGACGAGGAAGUGGGUGCUAGGCGCACGCCGCCAGCUCCAUCCUUGCCCCAGCCAGUGCAAGCGCGCAGUCCUAAGCGACCCGGUACAGCCGGUGGCGCACAGCAGCAGCACCAGCCCUAAGAGAGCAGAGCGCACUCCUGGGAAGACCCGGCAUCAUUUCAGCCACAACCCUCUACGUACCAAGUCUCCUUGCCAGUCACCACGUGCGGUGGCUGCUCUAAAGCCUGGGAGCUCUGUCUUUCUGUAAAGCAUGAAAGCCACGGUGCUUCAGUCGCUGCCUGCUUCCUGAGGCCACUUUGGAUUGCUUCUUGGGAGUUGGUUCUGAGGUGUUUCUCCCUUCUCCACCUCAGGUACAUGAACACUGACAGAAAGGGGCUGCCCCCUGGAGACCCAGUGGUAUGGGUAUCCAGUCAUCUAUGGUGUUGGGCAGGGCCCUUCGUCCGUGCCUGCACACGCAGACCCACAGGGAUGCCUGAUGGGUGGCAGGAGUCCUGUUUCUUCCUAACUGUAGCAUCUUCUGCGUACUCUCCCUGUCCCCUGCCAGAAAGGACAUGCACCCUGGGUUACAGAACACCAUCUCCCACCUCAAGCUCCUCGGGGGUGUCCCCUCUCCAUGUGGGCCCUGUUUUCGCUGUUACCUCAUUUCUGUCUUCCAUGGUUCUCUCACUUCUCCUGAAGAGAACUUGGCACAACUGCAAUUAAAUUAAGUAAAAACUACCCCCCCACACACACCCCAAAGGACCAGGAGGUGACAGGAGAUGAGGACUUGGGAGGAGAGCAAGAGCAUACAGGACAAGGAAGGGAUGGAGAGCCAGCUUGCCAGGCAGUAGGAACAGCACACACAGAGGCACACAGUCAGAAUGGCACUCUUCAGAACCAAGAGAAAGUGAAACUGCCACAACCGGAUUCCUCAGACUGCUGUGAGGCACAGUCGGCAUUCAGCAGGCAGGAGCUGACACAGAAGGUGGAGGAUAGGACCAUUCACCAUGAAUGCCCAGCCAAGAGUCGCUCCUAUGACCCCAGAAAGAGUAGCCAGUAGUGUUGUACCUUAAGCCAUCGAUGGAAACAGGCACCAGCCAUGGAAAAGGACAUGACAGCCUAUGUGUGUGAUCUCUUACAUAUAAAACCUAAGCCACCUCAAGAUACAUCCAGCAGUGCCUCAGUCUCCAUGAGGAACCUAGAAGAUAGGUGUAUACUACAGACCUGGGAGAAGUCUGGCAUGGAAGACCUGCUGAGGACUGGGGUGUGAGCUUUUAAGGCCCUGCCUUACUUCAUUCUUACCUAUGUCCUGCACUUCACAAGAAAAAGCUUGAACUAUUGCUAGAACAGCAUUGGGUCAGUCACUACACCCUCCCAAACUUUGGCUUGGUUGGGAGCCCAGUGGUUAGGGCUAGAAGAGAAGCCACCAAGGCCAAGAAGUGAGUGUAGAAGCCACAGGGCCCCAGAAUGGAGCCCAAUGGCACGGUUCAUUCCUGCUGUUUGGACUCUAUUGCAUUGAAAGUCACCAUCAGUGUGGUCCUCACCACCCUCAUCUUCAUCACUGUUGCUGGCAAUGUGGUCGUCUGCCUGGCUGUCAGCUUGAAUCGUCGGCUCCGCAGUCUGACCAAUUGCUUCAUUGUGUCCCUGGCAGCCACUGACCUGCUUCUUGGCCUCCUGGUGAUGCCCUUCUCUGCCAUUUACCAGUUGUCCUUCAAGUGGAGCUUUGGCCAGGUCUUCUGCAACAUCUACACCAGCCUGGAUGUGAUGCUCUGCACAGCUUCCAUCCUCAACCUCUUCAUGAUCAGCUUGGACCGCUACUGCGCUGUCACGGACCCACUGCGGUACCCCGUGUUGGUCACCCCUGUUCGCGUUGCCAUCUCUUUGGUCUUUAUUUGGGUCAUUUCCAUCACCCUCUCCUUCCUCUCUAUUCACCUAGGAUGGAACAGCAGAAAUGGGACCAGAGGGGGCAAUGACACCUUCAAGUGCAAAGUGCAGGUCAACGAGGUAUAUGGACUGGUGGAUGGGAUGGUCACCUUCUACCUGCCUCUUCUCAUCAUGUGUGUCACCUACUACAGAAUCUUUAAGAUCGCCAGGGAGCAAGCCAAGAGGAUCAACCACAUCAGCUCCUGGAAGGCAGCCACCAUCAGAGAACACAAAGCCACCGUGACCCUGGCUGCCGUCAUGGGAGCAUUCAUCGUCUGCUGGUUUCCUUACUUCACUGCCUUCGUUUACCGUGGACUGAGAGGGGAUGACGCUGUGAACGAGGUGGUCGAGGGUAUCGUCCUAUGGUUGGGUUAUGCCAAUUCAGCCCUGAACCCCAUCCUGUACGCCACCCUCAACAGAGACUUCCGCAUGGCGUACCAACAGCUCUUCCACUGCAAGCUUGCAAGCCACAACUCUCACAAAACUUCCCUGAGGUUGAACAACUCUCUGCUGUCCAGGAGCCAAAGCCGAGAAGGUAGAUGGCAGGAGGAGAAGCCCCUGAAGCUUCAGGUGUGGAGUGGGACAGAACUCACACACCCCCAGGGAAGCCCAGUCAGGAAAACAGCAUUGUCUUGCACCAUAUGCUCCAAUAACCUCCUAAGCUGCUGCAAGAGCCUGUGGAGGCUUCGUUUCCUCCAGCAACACCCAGAAGGACCCUCAAAGGAGCAACUGGGGGAGCCACUGUCUGAAGAGACAGAAAGGACACCAUCACAGGAAGGAAUGGGGCUGUUGUCCUAUGAGGCUGUCUAGAUCCUGCCCAGGACACCAAGAUGCUGGCCUUAUCACUUGGAUCUCCUUUCUGGAGCCCCUGUAUACCAAGCCCCACCAAACCACUGAGGACAAACUUCAGCCUGAGCCUGGAGGCUCACAGAACACACAAAACAUCUUCCCUGGGAGCAGAUUUCAGACAGGUUAAAAUCCUUAGGCAGAAUUCCUUGGGUUCAAAGCUCAUGUUGGUGCUGGCCCUAGGAGUCAUGAGCAGAGAGAGCAGGACAGAGAUGGAUACACAGGUGUACAUGGACGUGCUUCUAUAGAAAACAUGCACAUCUGCCAAGCAGGGCAAAGGAUACUAUCAUAAAGCACUGAGAAGCCUCGCUUCCCUGCGAGGUCUCAAUGUGAGCAGAAAAGAAGAGAAGCGAGUGGAAGAGAAAGAAGAGGAAAGAAAUUGCCCUCCAUGGACACCUAACUAAGUUCCAGAUACUUUGCCUACACAGGCUCUCAUAAUUUAUAUACAUAUGCUUAGGAUAAGCAUCACUCUCCAGUCUUUACAGAGAUGGAAACUGAGAGUCAGGGUAGUGUGGAAUGUACCUCAGGCCACUCAGCCAGAAAGUAUGUCUGGGAUAGAGGUACUAAGAAUGGAUGUGUGGGAAGAUGUGUGGAUGGAUGGACAAAUGGAUGAUGGAUGAAUGAGUAUAUGGAUGGAUGGAUGGAUGGAUGGAUGGAUGGAUGGAUGGAUGAAUGAAUGGAUGAAUAAAUAAAAAUCCAGGCUUAUGUCCAUGCCUUCUAAACUACACUGAUACUCAGAAGAGAAGCCAAGACAAUUCCUUAACUCAGCUAACCCUCCUCUAGCAAGUCUUAGCCCUUCAGGAAGCCCUCCAUGAUGAGCUACAGCCAUUGAUGGUGCUCAUUUUCAACAAGAAGUAGUGUACAGUGGGCUUGUGGGGCAAAGUGUGUCUACUGAGUCCCAGGAAAGCACAGACAGAAGCUGGGAAGAUGCAGAGAGUACAAAUGUGUAGGUUGACCUAAUGCCACCCUCAUCUGGCUACAUGACCAGAACAAAUCCCUGGCCCCUCUGAGCAGCUCUAUAUUCCUCUGUGUAAAUGAGUAGACUCCCUUUCUAUAGUUAGAGAAUGACUGAGAGAUUCAAGGAGGUGGAGUUGGCGAGAGCCCCAGAGAGAAGAGGAUAUCUGUGGACUUCUCUCCCCGAGGACUCCUCAUUGCUGUUGCCCUUCCAUGACCUCAACUCCUCCUUGAUACCCAGGUUUCCUUGGGUUUCCAAGACCCUCUCCUGCCGCCUCCACGCCCACCCCCAACCCCCGCCAUGUCCACCUUUUAUGUGGUUUUCCAGCCCUCUUUGUGACUUGCUGUCCUCCACACAACCAUUAGAUGUGACUGUCCCUUGGAGUUCAGUGAUGGGACGUCUCACCUUAGGUCUCCCUUUGAGACCUCAUCUGCAUCCAUGACCUUAGUCACCAAACAUAAGGAAAUUAUUUGCUGAUUCACAACUGUAGGCAAAGCAUGAGACACUGGGUCACCUCCAUCUGCAUACUUCAAAGGUACCUUACUGUUAACAAGUCCACAACUACCCACUCCAACUUCUCCCUCGCCUGCUUCUCCAAAGCCCUCCUUCUCAAGCAGAGGAUAUAUCCUGGGUUUCAAAACCCUUGGUCAGCCUCGGCCCCUCUUUCUACCUUGCUUCUUCUCAUGGCAGACACUAGAGUCUUAGCUCCAACACAUAUCCGCCACCCAACUGAUAAUCCUCAUCUUCCCUGUCUCACAUGACCCUGCUGCUGUAGUCUCCAUCGGGACAACUGGAAAAGCUGCUUAGAUCUCUUUCCUACACUCACCCUACCUUCUUACCCCCAUCAGUUCUCCACACAACAGCCUCAGUAGGCUGUGAAAAUUCAUAGCCUACUCUGUCACAUCCAGGAUAGAACCUUCUUUAGACCAGCCCGCCAACCUGGCCUUGUCAGCUUCCAUGUUCCUCCAGCUUCCUGCUUUGCCAUCCCCUACCUUCUCUUAAUUCCACCCCUGUUUGUCAUAUUGUUUUAUUUAGAUCUACUAUUUCUAGCAAACAAGGCACUCGGAGUGCUAUUUCCAUGACCUCAAAUGCUCCUUUCUCUUCUGGACAACUUGACAUCAUGAGAUCUCAUCGAAAAUACCAUUCCCUUGGGGAUUUCCUCCUUGUCUGUUCUGACCCUUCCUAUACCAGGCCCUUGCCACACACCAUGGGACUUUAUGUAGAAGCCAUUGGCUCUAUAUUAUAUCUUAUAAUAUGAUAGUCAGCUGUGGUUUCUUGGACACUAUCUUCCUCCUCUAUGCAUGAGUUCCUUCUGCUGACCUUUGCCUGUUGGGUCUCUGGAAGAGUACUCACACAUAGUAGAAGCUUAGUUAAAGUUGUCAGGGAAACAGGCAAAGAAUGGUCCACAGCAAUAUUUUAAGGGCUAGCCUGCCAAUAAACUUCAAGGAGUAAUUUGGCCUGAUAACUCCCAGAGAUGACCACUGAGUAUCUUUAUCAAAUUCCCUCUGAAAGCCCAAGAGACCCACUUAGACAUCUUCUUGGGAGCCAAUGGCAGGUGAGUCUCUUAAGUCACAGCCAACUAACUGGAGGCACAAGAUCUCUGGUGGACCUGCGUGAUCAGAGAGACAGCCAGUCAGACUCAAGACCACAGUGCCCAGGGACAACCUGCCACAUCAGAAGAUUCCUGCACAUGUAAACUUUCUUCUGGAGCCUUUCCUGGCAGCACAAACGGGGUGCAUGAAGCCUGGGGGAGCAUCAGCCGAGGUGGAACUUCAAGUCCAUUCUGUGUUUCCAUGUUCCAAUAAAGCUAUCAACACAG